UGUAGUCUCUCGUUUCUCUGACUAACCGCAGUACAAUCCUAUCGUGUAUCUCCAAAAAAAAAUCAGCUUUCGUUGUCUUGCGCUCCAUUAUCUUCUUAGCCUCAACUUGUCAAAACACCUGGCAUACCUUUCCUCUAAUGAUAUUCUUCUUCCUCACAUCCAUCAAUGCUCAAAACCUCCAAUUCCCACACACCCAUUGCGUAUAAUCGUGUUCUUGUUACAUAGUUAUGUCAGUCCAUUUCGAUCUCAAGGACUUUCAAGAGAAGCUAUCAACUCACCUGAGGCCAUGGCAGCGUUCUUUGCAAUUUUGGGCUCGAACUGCUGAUAUCUACACUGGUUAUAAAGCCUUUCAAGUGAGGGUGAGCUUUGAGAAGGAUUUAAGGAAGCAGGAGGCAAUGUGGGAGAGGCAGCAUGAGCUCGCUGCUGAGAAGAUAUACGACAUGUGCUCUGAGCUUGGUGGCUUUUUCCUAAAGAUAGCUCAAAUUAUUGGGAAGCCAGAUUUGGCUCCCGCUGCAUGGGUAAGAAAGCUAGUUACUCUAUGUGAUCAAGCACCUGCUGCGCCAUACAGUGUGAUCAAAGUAGUAGUUGAGAAAGAGUUGGGUCAAAGUGUUGAUGACUUGUUUGAAAGAUUUGAUGUGCAGCCACUGGGUUCUGCUUCCAUUGCACAGGUUCACCGUGCAAGACUUAGAGGCAGCAAAAAUGAUAUUGUUGUCAAGGUCCAACAUCCAGGUGGUCAAGAACUGAUGAUGACUGAUAUCCGUAACCUGCAAGCCUUUGCACUGUACAUGCAGAAGACAGACAUCAAGUUCGAUUUAUUUUCUGUGACCAAGGAAAUGGAGAAACAGAUUAGUUAUGAAUUUGACUUUACAAGAGAGGCUGAUGCUAUGGAAAGAAUUCAACAAUUUCUAUAUGAGAAUAACAAGAAGUCCACUGUGCUGGUCCCACAGGUGAUGCGAGACAUGGUCAGCAGGAGGGUUCUUGCGAUGGAAUAUAUAGAUGGAACACCUAUCCUCAAGCUGGGAGAUGAAAUGGCAAAGAGAGGCAUAAAUCCUAGUGGCAAGUUGGCGGUAGCUGCAAAGGAGAAUAUCCUCAAAACUUUAUCACUUGCUUAUGGGCAAAUGAUACUGAGGAGUGGUUUCUUCCAUGCAGAUCCUCACCCUGGAAAUAUUCUAAUCUGUAAAGACUCUCAGGUUGCCUUGCUCGACUAUGGGCAAGUGAAGGAUCUUCCUGAUAAUUUGAGACUAGGAUAUGCCAACUUGAUUCUUGCUAUUGCUGAUAAUGACCCAGUAAAGGCAGAACAUAGUUACAGAGAGCUUGGUAUAGACACCUUGAGCAAAUGUGAGGAUGAACAAAACGAAUUGCUUAGACUAGCACAAACUAUGUUUGAUACGAAAUUACCCCCUGGUGUGACAAUGCUUCAACCUUUCUCAGAAGGAUCUUCAAUUAGAAAGAUUGCUGUUCCGGCUUUUCCAGAGGAACUUUUUUCAGUUCUUCGCACUGUGCAUUUGCUUAGAGGUCUUAGUGUUGGACUUGGAAUUAAUUACUCUGUUGCUGAGCAGUGGAGACCUAUUGCUGAAGAAGCACUAUACCGGGCUGGAAGACUUGAGGGGAAUGAGCUCAAAAGUUUGCAGAAGAAAGGCUUUUUUAGAAGAAAACUCUGGAGAUAAGAAACAGGAAGAGUAGUUUAGUGUGCACUCAUUUUCCUAGUUAGGCUACGUAUUUGACAGCCUUCAUUAAGUAAUCUCUGUCUUGUAAAAAUGUAAUUGUAGUAGGGAUUUUCACUUCUGAGAGCAAUUAUAUGUUUUUUAGAUAAUACUAUAUUAAUUAAGAGUGCUUCUGGUGGUGGACUGGUGGUGGUGUUUUAUGUGUGUCUUAGUGCUUGUACUUGUGAAAGACCCAUCAACAAAACUUAUUUUGAACUGGAGGUGCAUUAUUUGUAAAAUGCACCUUCGUCCUUGUGGGUGCAAUGCAUA